GGAGCGAGUUCGUUGGGAUUGGAUUAUAGGGGUUAGAGGUUUUUGGAACUCUGCCUUUUCUUUUUCCUUUUUUAAAUGUUUUCGUCUACAAAAUGCAAAUUUGCAUCACAGACGCCAACCAUUAUUAGCAGGACAUUGCAGUUGGGCUUGCUUGCUGUCAAUAACUUUUUCGAGAUAAGAUAUGGAUAUCAGUAAUGAACCCAACGUUGAUCCAUUCUCAAUCGGACCCUCAACGAUCAUUGGGCGGACAAUUGCUUUCAGGAUUUUGUUCUGCAGGUCGAUAUCCCAAUUAAGGCAGAAAAUUCUCCAUUUUCUAUGGAAUUUUCUUUGUCGGUUUAGAGACUUUCUGCUACCGGUGGUUUCUUCGUUUCAUCCCCGGAAUCCACAAGGGAUAUUGGUAAUGGUGACACUCAUAGCUUUCCUGUUGAAGAGAUACACAACUAUUAAGCUAAAGGCGGAGAUGGCUCACAGGAGGAAAUUUUUGAGGAAUAUGAUGAGAAAUGCUUUGACAUACGAGGAAUGGGCUCAUGCAGCCAAGAUGCUGGACAAGGAGACCACCAAGAUUAACAAGUCGGAUCUUUAUGAUGAAGAACUGGUAAGUAAUAAGCUCCAAGAGCUUCGACACCGUCGUCAGGAGGGUUCUCUCAGAGAUAUAAUUUUCUGUAUGCGUGCUGAUUUGGUCAGAAAUCUGGGUAAUAUGUGCAACCCGGAACUCCACAAGGGAAGACUUCAGGUGCCAAAACUCAUAAAGGAAUACAUUGAUGAGGUUUCAACUCAGUUGAGAAUGGUUUGUGACUCAGACUCCGAGGAACUUCUCUUGGAAGAAAAGCUCGUAUUCAUGCAUGAGACAAGACAUGCAUUUGGGAGGACAGCGUUGCUCUUGAGUGGUGGUGCAUCGCUGGGGGCUUUUCAUGUGGGUGUGGUGAAGACACUUGUGGAGCAUAAACUUCUGCCCAGGAUAAUUGCAGGCUCUAGUGUGGGAUCCAUCAUGUGCUCCGUUGUUGCCACAAGGUCUUGGCCUGAACUUCAGAGUUUCUUUGAGGAUUCUUGGCACUCUUUGAAGUUUUUUGAUCAGAUGGGUGGGGUUUUUGCGGUUGUUAAAAGGCUUAUGACCCAAGGAGCUGUUCAUGAGAUAAGGCAGUUACAGAUGUUAUUGAGGCAUCUUACAAAUAACCUGACAUUCCAAGAAGCAUAUGACAUGACUGGCCGUAUUCUUGCAAUCACAGUUUGCUCCCCAAGGAAGCAUGAGCCUCCAAGGUGUCUUAACUAUUUGACAUCGCCUCAUGUUGUUAUAUGGAGUGCAGUGACUGCUUCUUGUGCUUUUCCUGGUUUGUUUGAGGCUCAGGAACUGAUGGCGAAAGACAGAAGUGGUGAAAUUGUUCCUUACCACCCACCAUUUCACAUGGAUCCUGAAGAAGAUAAUGGUACAUUGGUGCGUAGGUGGAGAGAUGGUAGUUUGGAGAGUGAUUUACCCAUGUUGCAACUGAAGGAACUGUUCAAUGUUAAUCAUUUCAUUGUCAGUCAGGCCAAUCCUCAUAUUGCACCAUUAUUGAGGCUAAAGGAGCUUGUCCGAGCUUAUGGAGGAAAUUUUGCUGCCAAGCUUGCUCAUCUCAUGGAAAUGGAAGUCAAGCAUAGAUGCGACCAGGUACUGGAACUUGGCUUUCCAUUGGGAGGACUGGCCAAGCUGUUUGCACAGGAAUGGGAAGGUGAUGUUACAGUUGUUAUGCCUGCCACACUUGCCCAGUACUCAAAAAUUAUACAAAAUCCAUCUCGUGUAGAGCUCCAAAAGGCUGCUAAUCAGGGCAGGCGGUGCACCUGGGAGAAGCUCUCUGCAAUAAAAGCCAACUGCAGCAUUGAACUUGCACUAGAUGAAUGUGUUGCAAUUCUUAACCAUAUGCGUAGGCUCAAAAGGAGUGCAGAGAGAGCUGCUGCUGCUGCUUCUCAUGGGUUGGGAAGCACAGUUAGGUUCAGUGCUUCCAGAAGGAUCCCCUCAUGGAACUGCCUUGCACGAGAGAACUCAACAGGAUCCCUUGAUGAAAUUUUUUCAGAUAUUGCAUCCCCAUUGCAACAAGGUGUUGGUGUACACAUAGGAGGACCAUCUUGCCAGAACAUUAGAUUCCACCGCAACACACAUGAUGGAAGUGAUAGUGAGUCAGAGAGUAUAGACCUCAAUUCAUGGACAAGAUCUGGUGGACCCUUGAUGAAAACAACUUCAGCAGAUAAGUUAAUUGACUUUGUUGAAAGUUUGGAUGUUAAUGCAAAAUCCACUAGACCAUUGACUAGGGAAGAUGAGAUCAAAGGGCUGAUGGCUCAUUCCAAUUCCAUUGUAAUUCAGAUAGUGGAAAAUGAUCCAUACUUUAACAGUUCAAGGAUAAUAGCACCAGACUCUAGGAUAACAACACCAGACAGAAACUCUGACACAGAGUUCAAUCAGCAAGAGGCAAUUAAUAGAACUUCUUCCAAUAGCAUCACGGUGACUGAAGGAGACCUCCUGCAACCUGAAAGAGUCCAUAAUGGUUUUGUAUUCAAUGUUGUGAAGAAGGAAGACUUAUCUCCUACUCACAGGAUUCUGGAAUCCGAAAGCCCCCAAGCUUCAUCUCAGAAUCCCAUUGCAGAAUGUAUGCAACUUGAAUGUCUAGAGAAGGAAAUGGAUGCCAGCUCAACAUCUGAAAAUGGUAAUGAUGAUGGAACCAUCUCUAACAACCUUCAAGAAGCUAAUCCACAUGGUAGUUCUGAGGAUCAUUUUGUCUCAAACCAAGAUAGUUCCCUAUCUGUGGACCCAUGAGAUUUUCAGUCCCUCUUUCCUGCAGUAAUGCAUGCAACAGUUGGACGGAGCUCCUUUCCAUGAUUUCUGUUACAAUUUUGGGGUAGGCUAGGGGAUGUCACUCUUCAAGAGAAAAUUCAAAUUGACAUGAAACCUGAACUUCAAAUUCAAGCUAGGUGACAAAUAGAAAUGGCAGAGUCCUACUGUUCUUAUGGACCCUAGAAAUAUGAUGCUGGAUUGUGUAUACUUCUGAGAGGGAGUUAGAGACAGCAUUCCACGAAUGUAAUCUCAUAUUAAAGUAAAAUCUAGUAUCAAUUUUAUCCAUUUAAUUAAUCAAUAAACA